UUCCGCAUUCAUUUGCGAUACUUUGGCCAUUGCUAACAGUUAACUUCUUGUAGGUUACUAUUACAAUCCAUAGAUUUGCGUUAAUAUAUUUGCUAAUAAUUUGUUUGUUUUAAUAGAUAUAACCAAAUGUCUGACGUUCUACACCGGCCGGGCUUCCUUACGCGACUUCGUAAAGGGGCUCGAAACUUUUUCUCCAGAUUAUUACCCUGCGUACGACGACCAACACUUGCAGACACUUUUGAAGAUGUCUCAGAUUUUACUUCAUCGUUAUCAUCGCUAUCAGACCUUUCCCCCAUGUCACCAACAGAAGAUUUCCCUAGAAAUCACAAUGAAUCUGCUAUAGCUCAUAGACAGGAUUUUACCCACCCUGACUUUGACCAAUAUGAACGGACUUCCUUUGAAGAUUCAUCAUCCACAUACACCGACCCUUGGGCUGACCUGGUUAACGAACCAUCAUAUUUUGAUGAUGGUAACCAGAACGAAGAGGACCCACCUCGUGUUCCAAUUAUUGUCACCGACAUUUACAUGCAAGGCAGUUCCAGGAUGCAUCAGGUCGCACAGAUCAUCGUUUAUUCCGUAAAUGGUCAUGUGACCAUGUCUGUAAACCUGGGGCUACAUUAGAUAUGUCAAGCACUUUGACCGCUGAGAGAUUUGAAUAGAGAAGCUGCCAUAACUAUACAACACAAAGGACUUGUCCUACGUUCUAAUGAACCUGAAAAUCCAGUAGCAUAGAAGAACAGCUAAAGAGAAUACCAUCAGAGUUAUCCGGCCCAGGGUGCCAAAGUAUGAAGAACACCCUGGCCCUUUUUGUUAAAGUUAAAAAAAGUUUCGUAAAUAAACGAAAAGGGGGAUGCAACUAUCUUGAAGAGAUAACCAAAUGACUGAAAACUUCUAGAAAUAUUUUUAAUAAAAGACAAAA